AUGUCUGAGCACACGCUCCUCCUGGUCCUGACACUGCUGGGGUACAUGGGGGUGUCACCAGUGCUGGGCACCCCCUUCACCUGUGACUUCGAGGAAGGUGACUGCGGCUGGCGGGACGUGAGCACCUCGUCGUACGCAUGGGUGCAGAGCCGGGCCAGCCUGGCCGCCUGGGGCACGGGGCCACACUCGGACCACACCGUGGGCACUGAUCUGGGCUGGUUCAUGGCUGCAGCAGAUCCCCCCGGAAAGACAUCGGCCACAGCCUGGCUCCAGUCUCCAGUGAUGCGGGAAGCGUCUGCCACCUGUGAGAUCCAGGCGUGGUAUCACCUCUCGGGAAGCGGUGAGCAUGCUGGGAUCGCAGCAGCAGGCCCAGCCCGGCUUGGGGUGCUGCAGAGCUCUGGUUGGGGCACUGCAACGGUGGAGCUGUGGCAGAGCCCCGAGCGUGGAGCUGAGGGCUGGCACGAGCUGGUGGCCUACCCGGGUCGCACCACGGGGCCCUUCCAGCUCUCCUUCUCCGUGACGCCGUCGCCCGCCCUGGGGACACAGCUGGCGCUGGACGACAUUGUGUUCAGGAACUGCGGCUUGCAGAGGCCGGGCAGGCAGGUGUGCGAGGCUGAGGAGGGUGAGUGCCAGCGCGGCUCCUGCGUGGCCCUGGAGUGCUUCUGCGAUGGCACCGACGACUGCGGGGACGGCUCGGACGAGGCUGCAUCGCAGUGCCGUGAGCAGCGGGCACCGCGGUGGCGGGGCUGGCUCCCUGCCCCGUCCCCGCGUCACCGCUCCCUUCCCUCGGCAGAGGCGUUCGACGCGUGCACCUUCGAGAGCGGCCUGUGCCUCUGGGAGGCGGAGGCCGGGCCGGCCGCGUGGCAGCGAAACAGCAGCGCCAACCUGGCACCCACCCCCGGCCUCCCCACGCGUGACCACAGCAACGGCAGCAGCGCAGGUUAUUUCCUCCACAUGGGCAGCGCCGAUGGGGUGGCCUGGCUGAGCAGUCCCAGUUUCCAGGCCACCAAUUCCUGCUCUGUGCUGAUCGAAGGGGUGGCCGGUGACGCGGGGACCGUGGCCCUGGAUGACCUGAUCCUCUCCCCAGACUGCAAGGAGGAGCAGGAGCUGUCUUGCAACUUCGAGACGGGCAUGUGCGGCUGGUACCAGGAUCAGCGCAGUGACUUCCAAUGGGUCCGGGGCUCGGAGCAGGGCCAGGGACCCGACCACACCACCGGCUCAGGGUACUUCCUCGCCGCGGCCCCCGCCGCAGCCGGGACGCGUGGGCAGUGGGCACAGCUCAUCACCGCUUACCAGCAGCCGCCCGCCGCCGCGCAGUGCCUCUCCUUCUGGUACCGCAUGGCCGGCCCGCAGAUCGGCACCCUCAGCCCCAGGCUGCAGCGUGAGGAAGAGGAGGAGACGGUGCUGUGGACCAGGAGAGGGGCCCAGGGCAGCGUGUGGCACCGGGGCUUCACCACGCUCAACCCGGAGGGAGAGCGCGCGUUCCGGCUGGUGUUCGAGGCGCUGCGCGACGGCUUCGUGGGCAGCGUGGCGCUGGAUGACGUGACGCCGCGCGCGGGGCCCUGCGGCGCCCCGGCCUCCUGCUCCUUCGAGGCCGGCACUUGUGGGCUCGUGGCCAGCGGGCAGCCCACCUGGCUGCGCCAGAGCAGCGACAGCGGCGCCCACGGCCCGUCGGCCGACCACACCACCCGCACGGCCACAGGCCAUUACAUGCUGAUUAACACCAGCAAGGGCUCCUUGCCCACGGGGCAUGUGGCCCUGCUCUCCUCUGAGCUCUACGAGUCCUCCACACAAGCCCAGUGCCUGACCUUCUGGUACCAGCUGGGCGGCGAGGCCCCGGGUUCCCUCAGCGUCUUUGUGGAGGAGAGCGGCACGCAGAGGAGGCAGCUGUUUGCUGUGAGCGCCAUGCAGGGGAGCGCCUGGCACCAUGGCCAAGUCACUGUCCAGGCAGACCAGGAGUGGAGGGCGCUAUUCGAGGCCACGGGCGGCGGAGGGGACGAUGCGUACAUCGCACUGGAUGAUCUGCACGUGGCGGACGGUGCUUGCUCCGAGCCAGGUUCUUGUGACUUUGAGGUGGACAUGUGCGGCUGGAGCAGCCCCACCGAUGACAACCCACACGGCUUCGCCUGGGGUUGGAAGAGUGGAGUCCCCCUGGCCAAAUACCCUGGUCCGGAGCAGGAUCACACCCUGGGCACAAAGGACGGUCGCUACGUGUUCUUCGAUGCCAGUGUGCUGGGCCCCGGGGGCACCACUGCCCAGCUGGAGAGCCAGCACCUGCCCGCAGCUGCAGCCUCCUGCCUCCACUUCUGGUACCACAUGGACAUCCCGGAGCACCUCCCUGGUGGGGAGCUGCGCGUGAGGCUGCACCGGGGGGGGGGGGCCGCGGGCCCUGGCCAGUCCUGCCCUCGCCGCAGGGCUGCUGGGUGCACGGCAGCCCCCAACACCGCGUCACGCAGCACCUGCUCUCCUGCAGAUCGUCUUUGA